AUGUCCGAUCCGCUAUUUUUCGGGCCUGCAUCACAGUCUAGUAGCCUUCCUGGGUAUGGGACCCAUGAAUGGUCAGGGGGUUGGGGUCAAGACGAAUGGGGAUGGAGUGCUCCCCCUCAAUGGGGGAAUAAUGAUGGAUGGUAUACUGGUGGUGGUGGAUGGAACGGUUCUGGGAAGGGAGGAGCGAACGAUGAAUGGUGGCCACAUCCAACACCACCUCCUGCCCCUAGUUGGGGUAAGGGAUACCAUGCCAAGGGAUCAUGGGAAUCUACAGGCUACAAUAGUGGGAGUAAAGGGAAGGGUAAAGGUGGUAAAGGGAAGAGUGGCCGUAGAUGGAGUGGCUCUGAGCAAUGGAACUAUCCUCAAUCUAAGAAGGGCAGGUGGUCCGAUGAACCCCAGAAGAGCGAGUUUUACUGCAUUCCAUGUGGGAAAGAUCUCUUCACCGCCGAUGCUCUCGAUGAGCAUGUUAUCACUUUCCAUGUUACCUGCCCUCACCCUGGCUGUGACUACAGUGCUAGGCCCGAUUUGGUCGCCGCACAUAAGCUCUCUCAUUGUUUGGUCACAACUGUUGAAGGUAAAUCGGAAUCCCUAACAACUUCACAAGCGGAAACUGACGCAUGGCUCGCACGACGGAAGAAGAAUUUUCCAACCAAAGGCCGGAAUGACUCUCCGAAAGGAGCAUUCGAUGCCAAUGAGAUGUGCACACUGGAGAAGGCUAUACGGUCAUCUAUGCGAGAGAAUAGAGAACGGAAGAAGAAAGAACGGGCUGAGCGUGAAGCCAAGUUCGCAGAGCGUCGGAUAUGCACGCAUUUUGCCAAGUUUGGGAAGUGCAAGUAUGAGGGAGCAUGCCACUUCGAGCAUGUUCAACCUAAGAAGGGUGUAUGCCGCUUCUUCCAAGAGAGAGGCUAUUGCCGUCAUGGAGAUAACUGCAAGUUCAAUCAUAUUAAAAAACAAGAGCAGCCCAAGGAGAGUACGCAUGAGCAACUUAUCAGACGACUAAUGCGUGACGACAUAGAACGCUACAACGCCACAGUUCUACAGUGUCUCAGGUUCUUCAUCACUGAAAAUUUCUUUGACGAGAAAUCCGAUACUGCGGUACUCGAUGAGGACGAUUCGGACAGCGGACAAAGCGAUGAUUCUGGUGAUGAUGAUUAUUUCUCUGAGGACGAUAUGUGAUUGUAUUUUUACCAAUAGGACCACUUCCUCAUAACUUAUUGCACUAUGGU